ACUCCGUCCAAGACUCUGGACUCUGGCAACUACCAGUGUGUGGCCAGUAACAAAUAUGGUUCAGUUCUCAGCAACCAAGUCCAACUGCAGUUUGGAUUUUUGGAUGACUUCCCUAACGUGAUUCGUCAGCCAGUACAAACCUCUGUCACUGUGGGGACCGCCAUUCCCUGCAACGCACCCAAUCACUAUGGAGAGCUAAUUUAUCAGUGGUACAAGAACACUCUGAGAGACUACAUCCGUACUGAUGUGAAACCCUGGGUCUUCAUCUCUCAGUCUGGUUACAUCUACUUCUCUUCUGUGACGGAGGAGGAUUCUGGAAACUACAUCUGUCACGUGUACAGUCCCAUCUCCACCUCUAAUACUGGAAAGUUUAGCAAACCCAUCCAGCUGAUUGUCACGAAAGGAUUGUCCCGUAUUGUGGAGCCCCAGAUCGUGAGUGGUUUUCCUCAACUGUUUCCUCAGAACACAGCCUUACUGAGAGGCAUGGAGAUUAGACUGGAGUGCUUUGCCUGGGGAACAAACAACCUAUUCUACCAGUGGGGAAGAACUGAUGGUAAGAACAUGCCACGUCGUGCUAUCACUAAAGAUAACAACCGUGUCGUGAUCAUCCCCAGUGUGGAGCUUGCAGACGAGGGGACUUACGAGUGUAGAGUGCAGAGAGAAUUUGGGCAGACGGCCACUGGAACUGUUACCAUUACUCUGGAAGCCGAGCCUUAUUUCCUGGUCUCCUGGAAGGAUGAGUUCGUGGAUCAGGGUGAUUCCGUCAGUUGGAGCUGUCGGGCCAAUGGAAAACCAGAAGUCGACUACUUCUGGUUCAAAAACGGUUUACCCCUCAGUGAGAACACACUGCCUGCCAAUGAAGUGGGCCGUUUCUCCUGGACUCAGAGAAAAGAUCGUCUGACCAUCCAAAACUUGAAGCAGUGGGAUUCUGCAAUGUAUCAGUGCGGGGCUAAGAAUCAGUAUGCAAUGAGAUACUUGACCAGAGAACUGAAAGUGAUGAGAUUUGCACCAUCUUUCAUCAAGAACCCAGUCGACCCCAACCAGUUUGCCGUCCAGGGAGGUAACGUCACCAUCGUCUGCCAGCCUGAAGCUGCGCCCAAGGUCCAAGUGGAGAAAAUCACCUGGAAGAAAGACGGUGGCUCCCUCACACUGACGGGUGGUGGACGCAUCAGUAAACUGCCCAAUGGCAACCUCUUGAUUCGUUCAGUCCAGUACAGUGACAGGGGAAAUUACACCUGUGUUGCUGAGAAUGAUGUCGGGUCAGCCGAGAGUACUGGGUUCCUGACUGUAGUAGAAUCCACCAGUCUCCAGAUGAAGCCGUCAGAGCAGUCUCCUCCAAUCAGGACCACAUACGUAGGUCAGAACCUAACCCUCUACUGCCUUGCCACCGUCAACCCACUGCUCGACCUCAACUACAUAUGGCGGUUUAAUGACCGCGAUAUCGACUUUGAGGGCAAGUACGACCAGUAUGGGCUGCGUGUGGAGGAACCAGACAGAUACUGGCAAAGGGGAAUUGGUGAAUACCGUGGUAACCUGUUAAUCUACCCGGUAACAUUUGACGUGGAGGGCUGGUAUGAGUGUAUAGCUAAAACACCUGCCGAUCAGGCCUCCGCUAAAGUGGAGCUCAGAGUUGAAGGUCCCCCAGGCCAGCCGUCAGGUAUUGAGUGUGUGACCUUGAACUCCAGUUCUGUCAAUGUCACAUGGUUCCCAGGACCUGAUCAUCGCAGUGCCAUACAGCAGUAUAAGAUUGAGGGCUAUAACACUGCCGAGGGGAUCUGGAAAACUGCCAAAGAACCAGAAAUGAUCACGCAGGCAGAGUUAGGGGCCAGACGAGCCACAGUGACGGGACUGAACCCAUGGAGUACCUACAAGUUUAGAUUGUUGGCAAAGAACGGUUACGGAUGGGGCGAACCCAGCAAACCUUCUCCCAUGGUAACCACUGCCCAGUCCAUCCCGGCCCGGCCAGUCAGGAAUAUCACCAGAGCCGUGGACUCCAAAGUUGGCACCCUCGUUGUGGAGUGGGAGCCUUUACCAAGAUGGGAGCAGCAUGGUAACAACACAAAAUACAAGAUUUACUACAGGAAAAACCAACAGGGCAAAGUCAGUGAUCUUGACUGGUCUACGGGUAUCGUGGAUGACCCUGGCCAUCGCUUUGCCACCACAGUUGGCGUAGAUAACACGUACACUCUGUAUGACAUCAAGAUUCAGUCCAUGAAUGUCAAGGGCACAUCCGACGCCCUCAUCUCACCCAUUGUCGAGAUCAGGUCUGCUAUGGGAUUGCCAGUAGCCGUCCCCAAGGACAUUGUGGCAGAACAGUAUAACGCUACCGCACUGGAGGUCACCUGGAUACCUGUACAAAACACCUUUGUUAACCUUAAAGGUGUCCUUGCUGGAUACAGGAUCAACUAUUGGGUCCGUGGACGUGAGAACUCCCUGAUGGCAGAGGUGGCCACCAUACCGGGUGACGUGGACAGAGGUCUCAUCGUUGGACUCUACCCAGACACCUACUACGAAGUGACUGUCAUGGUUUACAAUGAAGCAGGAAAUGGAGAACCAAGUCAGCCCUAUCCACAGAAGACACUGAGACAACCCCCCAAGGACUACCCCACAGAGGUGGAGCUACACAACGUGGACACUCACACCAUUAAGGUCAGCUGGAGGGGUAUCAGUACUGACCAAACCGAGGAGCCGCUACAGGGAUACAAGGUCAAAUACUGGCGCACAAGUGAGAAGAUCAUCGAUGCCAAAGAUUUUGAUGCAGGCAAAGACACGUUUGCCACCAUCUCUGAUCUCUCUGCAGGAGAGAGUUACUAUCUUCGUGUCUAUGGCUACAGCAGAGGUGGGCAGGGCGCCAUGAGCUCCCCCAUGGUCAUGUUUGUCAUGGCUAAAUCGGGUUGUACAUAUACCCAAAUCAUCCCUGAGGCAUCUUAUGUAGAAAAGUGCGGCUCCUGUCAGCAUGUCGCUUCUGUCUUACUACUGGUGACUGCUCUACUAGCACAGAUACUGAAAACCAUUUUAUAAAAGAAAACCGCCAUUGCUCCAUGUAAAUAUCUGUUCUUGGGGACCAUUCCAUUACAUAACUCCAUCAAGUCUUUUUUCCUGCCAUUCCUCAGAUAAUGUGGUCAUGUGAUAGACUAGUCAUGUGACAACCAGAACAUGUGAUAGACUGGUCAGGUGACUUCCAUAUCACAUGACUGUUGGACCAAGACAAGCUGUAAAUAUUCACAGGGGUUUUAUAUAAGAAAAUUAUUCUGUAUAUUAGAGACAGUUUUUGCAAAUAGAAAUUCAAUUGUAGAUACAUUUGCUACUGCCUAUUUUUGUUGGAAUGGAAAGAAGCCAUUUUAGGCCUUUAGGUACAAAUGUAGGUUUUGUAAGAGAAGUAAGAACCUCUCAUUAAUAUCUCUCAUGUGCAUUUAAAAACUUAAUUUUUGUACUUGCUUUACUGAGCUCUGGCGAAUUGUGAAAGAAACUUGAGUAUUCUCAUGUUGUAUACUUCCAUCUGUAUACUGCAACUGAAAAUAGAAUCUUACAUUUUAAGCAUGUACAGUUCUUUGCUUGAUGUGCGUCUUAAACAUAUACCUUAUAUACAAGAGGAAAACAGCAAAAUAUAUAGAGACCUUAUAAUGAUGAAUUUGUAAAUUUGAUGCUGUAGAUUUAUAUUAUUAUCACAGCAGCUGAUUUUUUUUUUUUUUUUGUGGUAGCAGGCUUGUGUAUCAAGCGUGAAAUGUAAAAUUAAACUAAGAUAUUCAAGAUCAGGGCCCUCAUUAAUAGCCUGUGAGUGCAUGUGGAGGAUAUCCAUGUACCUAUUUUAAAAAAUUGUUUUUAUUUAGUGUACAUACAUGACUAAGUAAUAUGUAUGAGAAGUUACACCCAGGUUAAUGAAUUAGUUGCUACAAGGUUUACAAGUAGAAGUUUUAGGUGUAACAUAGUUUUAUUCUGUAAAGAUUGCAUCAAAAUGCAAGAACAUGUUUUUGUACAAACUAUUUAGUCUUAGAUAUUUACUUAUACAUGAAUAGGACUAGUUUUUGAUAGCAGAGCUUUUAUAACUUGUAUAUAAUAUCCUGACUAAGAAUGUU